AUGGAUUACAGCUCCCUCAGCGGGGUCCCACGCUUCCUGACCCGGCCCAAGGCGUUCAUGGUGUCUGUAGGGAAGGAUGCCACCCUCAGCUGCCAGAUCGUUGGGAACCCCAUCCCAGUGGUGAGCUGGGAAAAGGACAAACUUCCAGUGCAGUCUGGGGGAAGGUUUAAAACCACAGAGGAUGGGGAUUUGUAUCGGCUGACCAUCUACGACCUGAGCCUGGAGGACAGUGGCCAGUACAUCUGCCGGGCCAAGAACACCAUCGGGGAGGCUUUUGCUGCUGUCAGCAUCAAAGUGGGGCAGGAGACCACAGUCACAGAGUCAGCUCCUUACUUCAUCCAGAAACCUUCCAACAUCAAAGUGACCUUGGGAGAAGAUGCCAUGUUCAAGUGCAAAGUGCAGGGCAGCCCUCCCCUCUCGGUGAACUGGGAGAAGGACGGGAGGUACCUGAGGAACAAGGCGGAUGCUGGGCGCUUCCAGAUCGAGUCUGCCGGGGAAUCCAACGCUCUCACCAUCCAGUGUGCCCAGCUGGGGGACAGCGGCACCUACACCUGCCGGGCAGAGAACCUCAUCGGCUCCGCCAGCGCCUCGGCCGCGCUGGUGGUGGAAAAGCACGGCUCCUCCAACCCGGGCAGCAGCAGCUUGGACAGCAGCUGUGGCAAGACGGCCUCCUUGCUGUCCCACCUGCAGAAGCGGCGGGAGGAGAUCAGGAAGACGGACAUCUCCCACGCAACGCUUGACUCAACCUCUUCCCAGCCGUACUCGGCGGUGGAGGGGCUGUCCAGCAUCGGCUACAGCCUGUGCAGGGAUUACGAGCGGGCGGCAGGACUGACCAAAGGGGCUCGCAACGCCACGUUCGGGGCUCUGACGCGCACCUGCAGCGUCACCGAGGGCAAGCACGCCAAGCUGAGCUGCUACGUGACCGGAGAGCCCAAGCCCGUCAUCGUGUGGAAGAAGGACAACGAGGUCAUCGUGGAAGGCCGGCGGCACGUCAUCUACGAGGAUGACCAGGAGAACUUUGUGCUGAAGAUCCUCUUCUGCAAGCAGACGGACAACGGGCUGUACACCUGCACGGCCUCCAACCUGGCGGGGCAGACCUACAGCUCCGUGCUGGUCACCGUCAAAGAACCCACCAUACCCUUCAAGGCAAAGCUGAAGGACCUGGAAGUGAGGGAGAAGGAAUCUGCCACCUUCCAGUGCGAGGUGCCCGUUCCUGGCACAGAGACAGCUUGGUUCAAGGAGGAGACCAAGCUGCAGCAGAGCAAGAAGUACAACAUCGAGGAGGAGGGCACGUACCGCCGGCUCACCGUGCAGAACGUCACCACGGAUGACGACGCUGUCUACAUCUGUGAGAUGAAGGAAGGCAGCAGGACCAUUGCAGAGCUGUCUGUCCAAGGGAACAUCAUCAAAAAACUGCCCCGAAAAACCGCCGUGUUCAUCAAGGACACAGCCACCUUCUGCGUGGAGCUGGACAACGACUGCCAGAACACCCGGUGGCUGAAGAACAAGGAGGAGGUGAAGCCCAGCGAGCGAAUCUCCAUCACACGCUCUGGCAAACAGCACACCAUGACCAUCAGGGAGUGCAAGAUGGAAGAUGCUGGAGAGAUUGCCUUCCUGGCUGAUGAAAGCAGGACUUCUACCCAGUUCACUGUGACCACUCCCAAAAAGCCUCCCACCCAACCCCCAGCUGACCCUGUGGUGAGAAAUAAAACAGAAACCUCAGUGACGCUGGGCUGGUCCCCUCCGAGGAUGGAGCGGCCCAUUCCCGUGGACGGAUACAUCGUGGAGCGCAAGAAACUCAGCGGCUUCACCUGGGUGCGGUGCCACGAGUCCCACGUGCCCAGCCCCGAGCUCACCGUCAGCAACCUGCCAGAAGAGGCUGACUACCAGUUCAGAGUGUCUGCAGUCAACUCCUACGGGCAGAGCCCCUACCUGGAAUUCCCUGGGAGCUUGCACCUGGAACCCGUCCUGGCUGUGAAAAACCCCCUGACAACAGCUGAAGUUGCACCUGGAGGGGAUGCCCAGUUCACUGUUGAUCUGACCAAGGCAUGUUCUGGCACUUGGUACCUGAAUGGCAAAGUCUUACAGGAAAGUGAGACCUACAUCAUCAACAGAACCCAAACCACUCACACCCUGGUCAUAAAAAAUGUCACCAAGAAAGAUGACGGGGCAGAAGUGAAAUUUGUUGCCAAUGACGUUGAGACCAGCACCAAGAUGAGAGUGAGAGGACCUGCAGUGAGAUUUACCAACAAGAGCAAAGACAUAGAAAAAGUCUCAGCUCGGCUACAGGAAGAAGCCAAGCUCCAGGCUGAGCUUUCAGACACAGAGGCCACUGUGAGGUGGAUGAAAGAUGGGAAGGAGCUCAAGGCCAGUGAAAAAUACGAGUUCCAAACCGUGGGGAAGAGGCGCGUCCUGAAAAUCCGCCACACUGCCCAGGAGGACGCUGGAGUGUAUGAGUGUGUGUGUGAAGGGGAUAAAAUGCUUUACCAGCUCUCAGUGAGAGCACUUGCAAACUUCAUAAACAAAGAGAAAACUGGAGGAGUUGUCAAGGCCAUUGCUGGGAAACAGGCUGAGUUUGUGUCUGAGACCUCCGAGGCCAACAUCAUGGUGAGGUGGUACAAAGAUGGGAAGGAAAUCACAGCCAGCAAGAAAUUCACCGUGGAAGACAAAGGAAAGCUGCACAAGCUUGUGGCUUCAGCUGUGACAAAGGAAGAUGAAGGAACUUACACCUGCAAAAUUGGGGAUGACACCCUUACUUUUGAUUUGAAAGUCUCAGAUGAAGCUGUCACUUUUGUCAACAAGCCCAAAACGACUCCAGAAGUAUCAGUCAGCCCUUCUGAGAGCUUGGAGCUGGUGUGUGAGGUGUCAGCUGCGGGUGGGGCCGUGGUGUGGAGGAAGGGUCAGACUGAGCUGAAGCAGGACCAGAGGACAACGAUCGUCAGCCAGGGGACACAACGCAAGCUCAUCGUCAGGAGGGUGACACAGCAAGACCAAGGCAGCUACACCUGUGAGACAAAGGACGACAGAACAACAUUCCAAGUCAAAGUCAGAGAGACAGAGGCUGUGUUUACAAACAAGGAGAAGGUGCAGAAAGAGGUGAAGGCUGCACUAUCAGAAAAUGCCACGCUGAGCUGCGAGGUGGCCCAGGAGAAAACAGAGGUGAAGUGGUACAAGGAUGGGAAACUCAUCACCUCCAGCAAGAAGUUCAAGGUGGAGUCCGAGGGCAAAUCGCGUCGCCUGGUGGUGGGUGAGGUGGAGAAGAAAGAUGCAGGGGAGUACAGCUGUGAGGCUGCUGGCCAAAAACUCACCUUCAGGAUUGAUGUCACAGAAGCAGAGGAUGCAUUUACCAACAAGGAGAAGGUGCAGAAAGAGGUGAAGGCUGCACUAUCAGAAAAUGCCACGCUGAGCUGUGAGGUGGCCCAGGAGAAAACAGAGGUGAAGUGGUACAAGGAUGGGAAACUCAUCACCUCCAGCAAGAAGUUCAAGGUGGAGUCCGAGGGCAAAUCGCGUCGCCUGGUGGUGGGUGAGGUGGAGAAGAAAGAUGCAGGGGAGUACAGCUGUGAGGCUGCUGGCCAAAAACUCACCUUCAGGAUCCAUGUCACAGAGGCAGAAGAUGCUUUUAUCCACAAGGAGAAGGUGCAGAAAGAGGUGAAGGCUGCACUAUCAGAAAAUGCCACUCUGAGCUGCGAGGUGGCCCAGGAGAAAACAGAGGUGAAGUGGUACAAGGAUGGGAAACUCAUCACCUCCAGCAAGAAGUUCAGGGUGGAGUCCGAGGGCAAAUCGCGUCGCCUGGUGGUGGGCCAGGUGGAGAAGAAAGAUGCAGGGGAGUACAGCUGUGAGGCUGCUGGCCGAAAACUCACCUUCAGGAUCCAUGUCACAGAGCCAGAAGUUGUGUUUACAAACAAGGAGAAGGUGCAGAAAGAGGUGAAGGCUGCACUAUCAGAAAAUGCCACGCUGAGCUGCGAGGUGGCCCAGGAGAAAACAGAGGUGAAGUGGUACAAGGAUGGGAAACUCAUCACCUCCAGCAAGAAGUUCAAGGUGGAGUCCGAGGGCAAAUCGCGUCGCCUGGUGGUGGGUGAGGUGGAGAAGAAAGAUGCAGGGGAGUACAGCUGUGAGGCUGCUGGCCAAAAACUCACCUUCAGGAUCGAUGUGCCAGAGCCAGAAGUUGUGUUUACAAACAAGGAGAAGGUGCAGAAAGAGGUGAAGGCUGCACUAUCAGAAAAUGCCACACUGAGCUGCGAGGUGGCCCAGGAGAAAACAGAGGUGAAGUGGUACAAGGAUGGGAAACUCAUCACCUCCAGCAAGAAGUUCAAGGUGGAGUCCGAGGGCAAAUCGCGUCGCCUGGUGGUGGGUGAGGUGGAGAAGAAAGAUGCAGGGGAGUACAGCUGUGAGGCUGCUGGCCAAAAACUCACCUUCAGGAUUGAUGUCACAGAGCCCAAACCUGCAUUUAUAAACCAGGAAAAGGUCCAGAAGGAGGUGAAGGCUGUCCUGACAGAAAGUGCCACUCUCAUGUGUGAGGUGGCACAGGAUACGACCGAAGUGAAGUGGUACAAGGAUGGAAAAUUGCUCAUUUCCUCCCGGAAAUUCAAAAUAGAGACCGUGGGCAAGUCCCGGCGCCUGGUGGUGGAGCAGCUGGAGAAAAAGGAUGCUGGGGAAUACAUCUGUGAGGCUGCAGGGCAGAGGCUGACCUUCAAACUGGAACCAACUGAGCCAGAGGCUAAAUUUGAGAAGAAAGCUGUCCAGAAGGAGCCUCUCAUUGUUCAAGAACAUGAAAGCAUCACACUGACAACCUCAGUCACGCCUGAAACCGCUGAAGUGAGGUGGUUCAAGGAUGGCACCGAAAUCAAGGCGAGCAAGAAAUAUGUGAUCAGGAGCGAGGGGGCAUCCAGGACACUGACAGUGACCGCAGCUGAGAGCACAGACUCUGCCCUCUACACCUGCCAGACAAAGCAUGACAAGCAGGAAUUCAGGGUGCAGGUGAAAGAAAUCCCGGUGAAGUUUGCCAAGAAGCUGGAGGCCGUGAAAGCCGAGAUUGGUGGCAGCGUGUCCCUGAGCUGUGAGCUGAGCCACGCCAAGGGCAAGGUGAUGUGGAGCAGGAACGGUGUGGAGAUCAAACCCAGCAAGCGUUUCCAGCUCCGCGAGGAGGGAACCAAAAGAACCCUGACCAUAACGGGGAUCCGGGCUGAGGAUGAGGGAGAAUAUUCCUGCCAGUCCAGGGAUGACAAGAGCAGCGUCACCAUCGUCCCCAAACCUCCCAGAGUGGUGAAAUUCGUCACAAGUCUCAACAGUGUGGUGUCUGAGGAAGGAAAAGAGGCUGUGUUCAAGUGCACCGUCUCCCCCAGUGAUGCUGUGGUCACCUGGCUCAGGAAUGGUGCCAAGAUUGAAGCCAGCAAGAAAUAUGUGAUCUCCCAGAAGGACACCAACCACAGCCUCACCAUCACUGACCUGACCCUGGAAGAUGCAGCUGAAAUCACAGCCAGUGCUGAGGGUGUGGAAAGCACAGCCAACCUCAGAGUCCGAGAGGCCUCAAUCUCCUUCAAGAAGAAGCUGGAGCCCAAAACAGUGGAAGAGAGGGAGACAGUGACCUUGGAGGUAGAGCUGACCAAGCCUGCAGAGGUGAAGUGGAUGAGGAACAGCAUUGUGCUGAAGCCCAGUGACAAAGUAGAGAUCAAAGCAGAGGGAACAAAGCACACCUUGGUGGUCAAGGACAUCUCCUUCGCCGACCGCGGCUUCUACUGCUGCGAGAGCCCCGACGACAAGACCCAAGCCAAGAUCAAUGUGGAAAUGAGGCAGAUCAAGUUGGUGAAAGGCCUCCAGCCCCUGCAGGUGGCUGAGAAAGGGACUGUCACCUUCGAGGUGGAGCUGUCACACGAGGACGUGGAGGGCACCUGGCAGAAGGAUGGGGUUCGUCUGAAACCUGCACCCAACGUCAGCUUCGGUGUCCUGGGCAAGAAACACUCCCUGACUCUGUCCUCAGUGGCUCUAGAAGAUGCAGGACUCAUCUCCUUCAAAGCAGAGGGCAUUAACUCAUCAGGGAAGCUCACUGUGACAGAACUGCCUGUGAGGAUCAGCAAACCAUUGGCAGAUGUCAGUGUAACUCAGAAGCUCAAGGCCACAUUUGAGUGUGAGCUAUCCAAACCCAAUGCCAAUGUGAAGUGGUUCAAGGAUGGGAAGGAGAUCCGGCAAAGUAAAAACAUUGGGAUGAUCUCCCAAGGAAAUAAGAGAAGCCUCAUUAUUCACAAGUGUGAAUAUGAAGACCAGGGAACCUACACAUGUCAAGCAGAUGAAGACAAGACAUCAGCUACCCUAAAGGUUCAUGCCCGAGAUAUCAAGAUUGUAAAACCACUGGAGGAUGUGGAAGUGAACGAAUACGAGAGUGCAUCUUUCACCUGUGAGAUCUCACACGAUGAGGUCGAAACCCAGUGGUACAAAAAUGACAACAAACUCAAGACUUCCGACAACAUCAAAAUGCGGCAGGAUGGAAAGACUUAUUCCCUGACUUACGCACGUGUCCACGUCGAGGAUGCAGCUGAGAUCAAAUUCGUAGCAGAAAAGGCAGAAUCUCGUGCUCAGCUGACUGUAAAAGAACUACCUGUAAAAAUCGUGAAGCCCUUGCGGGAUAAGAUCGCCCUGUGGAAGCACCGGGGUGUCCUGGAGUGCCAGGUGUCCCGGGCCAACGCCAGGGUCCGCUGGUUCAAAAAGGACAUGGAAAUUCACCCCAGUGAGAAAUACGAGAUCGUGAGCGAGGGCGUCUAUCGCAAACUCGUCAUCAACGGCGCCGACUACGAGGAUGAGGACACGUACACGUGUGAUGCCUUCGAUGACAAAACCAGCGCUAAUUUCUUUGUUGAAGAGCAAGCCAUUAAUAUUGUAAAAGAGUUGUGUGAUGAGGACGUGACUGAGCCUGAAGAAGCCAAUUUUGAAUGUGAGACCUCCAUUCCAUCUGUGAAACCUGCCAAGUGGUUCCUGAAGGGAGCAGCCUUGCAGGCUGGCAGGAACUUCAUCAUGCAGCAGGAAGGCACCAUCCACAGGCUGACAAUAUUAAAAACAAGUGUUGAUAUGACAGGCACCAUCCAGUUCUCCAUCGGCAAAUCCAAAUCCACAGCAAACCUGCUCGUCAGAGAUUACCACAUCCAGAUCACCAGGAAGCUGGAGGACAAGACCGUCCUGGAGCGACACUCGGUCGUCCUGUCCUGUGACUUCAGGCCUUCCCCAAAGCACGUCAAGUGGUUCAAGGGCCAGGUGCUCCUUGAGCCCUCGGAGAAGUACAAAAUCAAGAGGGAUCAGUACUCAGCAGAGCUCAAGAUCAUGAAGGUGAAGCCUGAGGAUGCUGGCGUGUACAAGUGCAGGGCUGGGAUCGCAGAGACCGAAGCCACGCUGAGCGUUGAAGCCCGCAAUGUGGAGGUCCUGAAGCACCUGCAGGACGUGGAGAUUGAGGAAGACAGCUCUGCUGUGUUCUCCUGCGAGCUGUCCCACGACGACGAGGACGUGGAGUGGUUCCUCAACGGCACCCUCCUCUACACCAACAACUUCAACGACAUCAAGAGCGUUGGCAAGUGCUACACGCUGACCAUGAAGCAGGUGAAGCCUGAGGAUGCUGGCACGGUGACAAUGAAGUCAGACAAGGUGUCAGAGACCGUGCGGCUCAAGGUGAUAGAGAAACCUGCUGUCUUCAUGAAAUCCUUGGAUGAUGUUUUUGGUGAGGAGCGAGGAGUGAUCAAACUGGAAUGUGAAGUCUCCAAAGAGAAGGUCAAACCUGUCUGGAAAAAGGAUGGUGUGAAGAUCGCUUCCAGCAAGAAGUAUGAGGAGAUACAGUCUGGGAAGACCCUGUGCCUCCUCAUCCAUGACCUGGAAAAGACAGAUGCGGGGUUGUACACCUGUGACAUCGGCACUGAUGUUGCCAAAUCAAAGGUCAGCGUUCAGGAACUGAACAUUGGCAUCACCAAACGACUCAAGAGCACUGAAGUCCAGGAGGGAGAAGAUUGCACUUUUGAGUGUGUUUUGUCCCAUGAAAGCAUUGAUGAGUUUAACUGGACGCUGAACGGGAGGAAAGUGGAAAGUGGGGGGAGAUUCAGAGCCUCCAAGGCGGGUCGGAAAUACACUUUGAGUAUCAAAAAUGUGAUUCCUGAUGACACUGGGGAGGUCACCUUCACUGCCCGUGGUCUCACCUCCAAGGCUUCCCUGGUUGUGAAAGAAAAACCUACUGAGGUCACAAAACAGCUGGAGGAUAAGACAUCACUAGCAGGGCAGGACAUCAACCUGAGCUGUGAGCUGUCCAAAGCUGACGUGAGCAUCAGGUGGUUCAAGGAUGGCAAAGCAAUCCGGAAAAGCCAGAAAUACGAGCUGCAGCAGGAGGGGACACGGGCCACGCUCAUCAUCCGUGACUCCACGGUCAAGGACAGCGGGGAGUACACCUGUGAGACAGAGACCUCCAAAACAACAGCCAGGAUCACUGUGCAAGAAAAGCCUAAUUAUUUUAUCAAGGAACUCUCAGACCUGAAGGUUGACGAAAGUGGAACUGCAGUUUUUGUGUGCCAGAGUGAGAGAGCUGCAUCCUCUGUGGUGUGGAGGAAAGGCAUCGCUGAGCUCAGGGCUGGCAGGAAAUACGAGAUCACACAGAAAGGACAAGUCCUCCAGCUGACCGUAAAGAACUUGGAGAAAAGUGACAGUGACACUUACAGUUGUGACAUUGGGGACGCCCAGUCCAGAGCCAAGCUAACUGUGCAAGGCCAGAGAAUGCUAAUAACAGAAGACCUGGAGGAUGUCACUGUGUUAGAAGGAGAAUCUGCCAUGUUCAAGUGCAGAAUCUCUCCCGUAGACUAUAGCAGAGUGCAGUGGUUUUUGGAUAAAACCCCACUCCAUACCAAUGAACUUAAUGAGAUCCAGUCCCAGCCUGGUGGAUAUCACCUGCUAACGCUGAAAAAGCUCUCACUGAAGGACUCGGGGGUCAUUACAUUUGAAGCUGGUGAUAAGAAAACAUCUGCCAGUUUGGUUGUUAAAGAAUCACCAGUUAUUUUCAAGCAAGAGCUCCAGAAUGAAGAAGCCAAAGAAGGCAAGCAGGUCAGGCUGACCUGUGAGCUCAGCAAGCCUGGUGCCCCAGUGAAGUGGAUGAAGGGAGACACUGUUCUCCAUGCCAGUGAGAAAUACGAAUUUAAGCAGCAUGGGACUGUGGCAGAGCUCAUAAUUCGAGAUGUGAAAUCCAUCGAUGCUGGGGACUACACCUGCAGUGCUGGGGAACUGAAAACCACUGCUCGGGUCAAAGUGAAUGCUGUGCCUGUCCUUUUCAAACAAGCCCUGGAGAACACGGAUGUGGAAGAAGGGAAAUCCGUCUCCUUGCGCUGUGAACUCACUAAAGCUGAUGCCACCGUGGUGUGGAAGAAGGGAGAAGCCACGCUCCAGGCAAGUGCCAAAUAUGAAAUGAAGCAGAAGGGAACAGUGGCAGAGCUGGUGAUUCAUAAUGCAGAACCAGAAGAUGCGGGAAGAUACACCUGUGACACUGGAGAGCAGCAGACCACAGCCCAAGUCAAAAUCCAUGCUGUGUCCGUGCUCUUCACUGAAGAGCUGAAGCCUGUGGAAGCUGUGGAAGGUGGGACAGCCACCCUGCAGUGCCAGCUGGGCACAGAGGCCCCCGUGGAGUGGAGGAAGGGGCAAACUCUUCUCCGGGCAAGUAACAAGUACAAGAUGAGGCAGGAGGGCACCGUGGCUGAGCUGCUGAUCCACGACCUGGAGCCAAAGGAUGCUGGAGACUAUUCAUGUCUAGUGGGGAGCCAAAAAACCACAGCAGCCUUGUCAGUGAAUGCCCUGCCAGUGCGGUUCAAGCGGGAGCUGAGGAACGAGGAGGCCACGGAGAGCGGGACGGCGACGCUGCAGUGCGAGCUGAGCCGGCCGGGCGGUGCCGUGCGCUGGAGGAAGGACGGCACGGAGCUCAGCCCAGCUGGGAAAUACAAAAUGAGGAGUGAAGGGCGAUUUGUGGAGCUGGUCAUCCAGGACCUGGAGCUGGCGGAUGCUGGGAGCUACACCUGUGUGUGUGGAGAGCAGGAGAGCACAGCUGCUUUGAGAGUGAAUGCCUUGCCUGUCCUCUUCCAAGAAGAAUUGACGAACAAGGAAGCUACAGAGGGGGAGGCAGUCACUUUGCGCUGCAAACUGAGCAAAUCAGCCCCAGCUGAGUGGAAAAAGGGGAACGUGGUGCUGAAGCCGAGUGAAAAGUACAAAAUAGAGCAGGAGGGUCCCUUUGUGGAGCUGACAAUCCGGGAUUUGGAUCUGGCAGAUGCUGGGGAUUACAGCUGUGUGUGUGGAGACCGACAGACGACGGCUGCUCUGGCAGUAAAUGUCCUGCCUGCUCUUUUCACCAAGGGACUCACGGACAGAGAAGCCACAGAGGGUAAAAGUGUCUCCCUGCACUGUGAGCUGAACAAGGCUGCUGCUAACGUGGAGUGGAAGAAGGGGUUCAAGACCCUCAAACCAAGUGACAAAUACAAAAUGAAGAGGGAAGGUGUCGUGGCUGAGCUUGUAAUCCAAAACCUAGACACAGCGGAUGCUGGGAAUUAUUCCUGUGUGUGUGGAGACCAGCAGACCAUGGCAGUUCUAACAGUUCAUGCUUUGCCUGCAUUUUUCAAGGAAGGGCUGAAGAACAGGGAAGCCACAGACGGUGGCACAGCCACCCUGCGCUGCGAGCUGAGCACCGUGGGCGUCCCGGUGGAGUGGAAAAAAGGGGACAAGGCUCUGAAACCCAGCGAAAAGUACAGGAUGAGACAGGAAGAUACAGCUGCAGAGCUGCUGAUCCGAGAUCUGGAGGUGGAAGACACAGGGGAAUACAGCUGUGUGUGUGGAGAGCAGAGAACUUCAGCUGUCUUGACAGUCCAUGCUCUGCCUGCAGUGUUCAAAAGAGGUCUUGUCAAUGUGGAAGGCACAGAAACCAGGACGGCUGUUCUGCAGUGUGAGCUCAGCAAACCCGCCCCGGUGCAGUGGAGGAGGGGGCAGGAGGUGCUCACACCUAGUGACAAACACAAAAUGAGGCUGAAGGACACCACUGCUGAGCUGGCAAUCCACAGCCUGGAGGAAGGAGAUGCAGGAGAUUACACCUGUGUGUGUGGAGACAAGACAACCACUGCUUCCCUGACAGUGCAUGCCCUCCCUCCUCACUUUAAGAAAGAGCUGAAGAACGUGGAAGGCACAGAAAAUGGCACGGCCACUUUCUGCUGUGAGCUGAGCAAGGCUGGAGCUGCCGUGGCGUGGAGGAAAGGACACAAAACCCUGGGGACAAGUGGCAAGUUCACCACGAGGUGCCAGGGCACGGUGGCUGAGCUGGUGAUCCAUGAUUUAGUCCUGGCAGAUGCUGGAGAUUACACGUGCUCCUGUGGAGAGCAGGAAACCACGGCUGCGCUCAAAGUGAAUGCCCUGCCUGUGCACUUCCAGAAGGAGAUGAGGGAUGAAGAAGCCACAGAAGGUGCAACAGCCACUCUGCAGUGUGAGCUGUCCAGGGCUGCCCCCGUGGAGUGGAGAAAGAAGCACAAAGUGCUCAAACCUGGAGAGAAGUACACCAUGAGGCAGGAGGGCAGCAGAGCCCAGCUGCUGGUGCAUGCCCUGGAGCUCAGGGAUGCUGGGGAAUACUCCUGUGUAUGUGGAGAGGAGAAGACAACAGCAGCACUGACAGUGCACGCCCUUCCUGCUCUGUUCAAAGAAGAAUUAAGGGACACGGAGGCCAAGGAAGGUGAAACAGUCACUCUGCACUGUGAGCUGACCAAACCUGCCCCAGUGGAGUGGAAAAAGGGAGACACAACCCUCAGACCUAGUGAGAAAUACAAAAUGAGGCAGAAGGAUGUGACUGCAGAGCUGGUGAUCCACAGCCUGGGCGAGGGCGAUGCUGGGGACUACAUCUGUGUGUGUGGGGAGCAGCAGAGCACAGCUGCCUUGGCAGUCCAUGUGCUGCCUGCGGGCAUCCAGGAGAGCCUGAGGGACCAGGAGGUGACCGAGGGUCAAGUGGCCACUCUGAGCUGUGAGCUGACCAAAGCUGCCCCCGUGGAGUGGAGGAAGGGCAGCACCUUGCUCAAAGCCAGUGACAAGUACAAAAUGAGGCAGGAGGGCAAGGUCAGGAAGCUGCUAAUCCAGGAUGUGGAAUUGAAAGAUGCUGGAGAGUACACGUGUGUGUGUGGAGAGCAGGAGACUACAGCAGCCUUGAUAGUGCAUGCCCUGCCAGCCCUUUUCAAAGAAGACCUGAAGGACCUGCAAGCCAUGGAAAGCCAAACAGCCACUCUGAGCUGUGAGCUGAGCAAGGCUGCAGCUGUGGCGUGGAAGAAAGGCAACAAAAUACUCAGGGCAGGUGAAAAAUACGUCAUGAGGCAGGAGGGUGCCCUGGCAGAGCUGGAAAUCCGUGAGCUAGAGCUGCAGGAUGCUGGGGAUUACACCUGUGUGUGUGGGGAGCAGCACAGCACAGCCUCUCUGACAGUGAAGGCCCUGCCAGUGCUUUUCAGGGAGGAGCUGAAGGAUGAAGAAGCCCAAGAAGGAGCAUCAGUCACUCUGAGAUGUGAAUUAACCAAAGGAGCUCCUGUGCAGUGGAAAAAGGGGCCCAAAGUGCUCCAAGCAAGUGACAAAUAUCAAAUGAGACAGUCUGGCAGCACUGCAGAGCUGCUCAUUCCUGACCUAGAAGUAAAAGAUGCUGGAGAUUACACCUGUGUGUGUGGUGACCAGAAGACAACAGCAACCUUAACAGUUCAUGCUCUGCCACCAGUGUUUAAGGAGGAGCUGAAGGACAAGGAAGCAGAAGAAGGUGGAGAAGUCUCCCUGCUCUGUGAGCUCUCCAAGGCUGCCCCAGUGGAGUGGUGGAAGGACCAGAGCAUCCUCCAACCAAGUGGGAAAUACAAAAUGAGGCAGGAAGGGCUCAAGGCAGAGCUGGUGAUCCAUGAAAUAGCUGAGGAGGAUGCAGGAGCCUACACCUGUGUGUGUGGAGAGCAGCAGACUACAGCAGUGCUGACAGUCCAGGUGCUGCCUCCAGAAUUCAAGAGAGAGCUGAAGGACCUGGAAGCUGUGGAAAACGGCACAGCUGCUCUGCAGUGUGAGCUGACAAAACCUGCUGAGGUGGAGUGGAAGAAAGGACAGGAGGUGCUCAAAGAGAGCAGCAAGUACGAAAUGAGUCAGGAUGGUGCUGUGGCAAAGCUGAUUAUCCAUGAGCUGGAGGAGGAGGAUGCUGGAGUUUACACCUGUGUGUGUGGAGAGCAGCAGACAAGUGCCACGCUGGCAGUCAAUGCCCUACCAGCCCUUUUUAAACAAGAUAACCACUACAAUGGGCGUGGCACACAGCAAGCUCUUGUUUCCCUUCAUGCACUGCCCAUCACGUUUAAGCAGCCUUUACAGAAUAAGGAGUUUGAGGAAGGAAGCACAGCCACGCUCUGCUGUGAGCUGUCCAAACCCAGAACUGCAGUGGAAUGGAGGAAAGGAGGAGUGGGGCUGCAGCCCAGCCAGAAAUACGAAAUGAGGCAGAGGGGAUGCCUGGUAGAGCUCUUGGUACACAAUCUCAGAUUAGAAGACACAGGAGAAUACAGCUGUGACACGGGGGAUCAGGAAUCCAGGGCAGCCCUCAAUGUCAAAGCUCUGCCAGUUCUUUUCCAAAAGCAGCUCAAGGACGAGGAGGCAGAGGAAGGAGCGGCGGUGAAAUUCCGGUGUGAGCUGACAAAGGAUAACGCGGCCGUGGAGUGGAGGAAAGGCACCAUGGAGCUCUUCCCGUGUGCCAAAUAUGAAAUGAAAUUAAGUGGGCGCACAGCUGAGCUGGUGAUCCACAAUGUAGAGCCAGAGGAUGCCUCUGAUUACACUUGUGACACGGGAGAUCAGCAGAGCACUGCAGUCCUCACAGUGAAUGCCAUCAAACCCCAGCUGAAGCAGCAGCUGAGGAAUGAGGAGGUGGAAAUGGGAGGAACAGCCCGACUGCGCUGUGAGAUUUCCAUCAGCAAAGCUGAAGUGGAGUGGAGGAAGGAUGGAGCCCUCCUGCACUCCAGCUCCAAGUAUGAAAUGUGGCAGGAUGGGACCCUCAGGGAGCUCCGUGUGCACCACCUGGAGCCUGGGGAUGCUGGAGAAUAUUCCUGCAAGGUUGGAGACCAGACAAGCUCAGCCAAACUCACCGUGAAAGAGCCUGACGUGAGCAUCGUGAGCGGCCUCAGGGACAGGGUGGUGUCUGAAGGGGACGAUGUCACCUUCCAGUGCCAGGUGUCCCACGAGAACGCCAGGGACGUGGAGUGGAAGCUGCAGGACGUGGCUCUGCAGAACAACGAGAUGAACGAGAUCUCGGUGGAGAAAGGCAGGAUCCACACCCUGACCCUGAGGAAGGUGACUGAGCAGGACAUUGGCACUGUCACCUUCCGUGUGGGACCCCACACGUCCACAGCAGAGCUCAGGGUGAAAGCUUCUCCAGUCACCUUCACACAGCCACUCCAGAACCAGCAAGCUGAGGAAGGUGGCAGUGUCACUUUGAGCUGCGAGGUCUCCAAACCCAACACCAGUGUGCAGUGGAAGAAGGCAGGGACAGUGCUGCGACCCAGUGACAAAUACACGAUGCGCCAGGAGGGGUCCCUGGCUGAGCUGACAAUCCACAACCUGAGCGAAGCUGAUGCUGGGGAGUACACCUGUGACACAGGGGACCAGCAAACCACGGCAGCAGUGCAGCUGAAAGAACCAGCAGCCACCAUCGUGGAGAGGCUGAAGGACGUGGCCGCGUACGAAGGGGAAGACGCGGUGUUCGAGUGCAGGCUGUCCCGGGAAACAGCUCAGGAUGCCCAGUGGUUCCUGGGGGAUGUUCCCCUGCAAUCCAACGAAAUGAAUGAGAUCAGAGUGCAAGGGACACGGCACAGCUUGGUCUUGAGGAAGGUGACCCUGGAAGACUGUGGGUCCAUCACUUUCAAAGUGGGGCAGCAUUCGUCAGCAGCGCGGCUGAAGGUGGAAGCUGCCCCGGUCACUUUUGUGAAGGCUCUGCACAACCUGGAGCUGCAGGAGGGUGGCACUGCCCACCUGUCCUGCGAGGUGUCCAGUCCUGAUGUCCCCGUGGAGUGGAAGAAAGGCUCAUCUGUGAUCCAGCCCAGCCACAAGUGCAGCAUCCAGCAGGAGGGGAGGGUGCACACGCUGGUCAUCCGCGACCUGAGCCGCGCCGACGCCGGCGAGUACAGCUGCCACACGGCUGCUGGCAAGACCACAGCCAGGCUGGAGGUCAAAGGCCUGCCAGUGCUGUUCAGACAGUGGUUGAAGAACGAGGAGGUGGAGGAAGGGCGCACGGCCGUGCUGCGCUGCGAGCUGACGCGGCCCCACGCGCGCCUGGAGUGGCGCAAAGGGGACACGCGGCUGCAGCCCGGGGACAAGUACGAGAUCCGCCAGGAGGGGACACGGGCUGAGCUCCUCAUCUACGGGGCUGAGGCUGAGGAUGCUGGAGAAUACACCUGUGACUCCGGGGAUCAGCAGACCACGGCUACGCUGCAGGUCAAAGUACUGCCAGUGCUGUUUAACAAAGAGCUGAAAAACGUAGAGGCUGAAGAAGGGGGAACGGCUGUUUUGCGCUGUGAGAUCUCCAAGCCGGACGCUCCCGUUGAGUGGAGGAAAGGAGGGGUGGUGAUUGAGCCCAGUGACAAGUACGAGCUGAAGCUGAAGGGCAGCGUAGCUGAGCUCGUCAUCCAUGGUGUAGAGCCUGAUGACUGUGGGGAUUAUACCUGCAGCACUGGAUACGAGAUCACCACGGGGUCUGUGUACGUGCAAGAGGAAGCAGCAGUGAUAGUGUCUGGUUUAAGGAGCACAGACGUCUUUGUGGGCGAGUCAGCCACGUUCACCUGCGAGCUCUCGCACCCGGGCGUGAGGAAUGUGCAGUGGUGGCUCGAUGGGACCCCCCUCCACAACAACCUGGUGACGGAAAUCUCCGAGCAGGACGGCAGGAUCCACACCCUCACCCUCAAUGACGUGGCGUGCCAUGACUCGGGCACUGUCACCUUCAGAGCUGGGCCCCUUAUCUCCUCAGCUAAAUUAUUGGUCAAAGAUCCCACCAUUGAAGUGGUCAGUCCCAUGCAGGACAUGACUGUUGAUGAAGAUGGCCCAGCAGAGUUCAUAUGCCAGUAUUCUAGGCCAGUGCACGCCAUCUGGAAGAAAAAUGAUCAGGAAAUACAUGCAGAUGGGCAGCGAGUGAUUAUCGAGCAGGACUGGAAUGUGAGCAUGCUAAAAAUUAACCCCACGGUCCCAGAAGACACUGGCAUCUAUUCUUGUGAAGCUGAAGGCAUUAAAGUGAUGGCUACACUUGAUGUUCAAGCCAAGAACAGCAUUGUGCAGGGCUUGGAGAACGUGGAGGCUGUGGAAGGAGGGGAAGCCCUGUUCGAGUGUUACCUCUCCAAACCUGAGACCUACAAUUACAACUGGCUGAUUGACGAUGAACCUGCCAAAACCACAGAAAACACUGAGAUGGUUUAUUUUGAGAAUGGACUCAGGCAUAUCCUGCUGCUGAAGAAUUUAACUGCCCAGGACAGCUGCAGGGUGACUUUCAUGUGCAGCGACGCGGUGACCUCAGCCUUCCUCACUGUGAAAGGGUGGCGCCUGCAGUUCUUGCAGCCCCUCACGGAUGUGGAAGUGGCUCUGGGGGAAAAAGCAACAUUUAGCUGUGUCCUGAGUGAAGCUGUGCCAGUUAAUGAAGUGGCCUGGUACAGUAAUGACGUAGAGAUCCAGUCAGGUGAGGACUGGGAGGUACAAGCAGAUGGAAACAAGUACAAACUUAUUCUGAAAAAAGCCCAGCUGCAUCAUUCUGGAGAAGUGACCUUUGCUUCCAGGGAGGCCAUUUCCACAGCCAAGCUUUCUGUGAUAGCCCUCCCUGAGCCACCUGAAGAGCCACAAGUCCUGAGGCAGAGCAGCCACUCUGUCACUCUGUCUUGGCACAAACCGCCGGGUGACGGUGGCCAGCACAUCCUGGGCUACAAGGUGGAGAGGAAAAUCCCAGGAGUUGGCUGGCAGUCCUGCAGCGAGGGCCUCAUCCAGAACACGGAGUUCACCGUGGAAGGGCUGGCCCCAGGGGAGCCCUACAGAUUCCGGGUGUCGGCCACAAACGCAGCUGGGGCCAGCGAGGCGGUGCACUUCCCCCAGAUGGUGAAGUUAGAGCCUCCAGUUACAGUCACCCAACCUUUGGUGGGAGGAUCUGUCUCGGAGGGAGGGCUGGCUCGCCUGGAGUGCACAUUAUCAAGUAAACCCGAGGAGAAAGUGACUUGGUUCAAGGGAAAAGAGCAAAUAAAAGCUGGAGGGAGAUACGAGAUCCUCUCUGAUGGAGCAAAGCAGAUCCUCGUCAUCCGUGGAUUUAAAGCUGAGGAUCAGGACAGCUACACCUGCAUGGCUUCUCCAGAAGUGAAAUCUGUUGCCAGCCUGUGUCUCGAAGUUCCCACCGUGUCGAUGCUGAAGGAGAUUGCCAGGGAAGCUCCCCCUGCCAGCCAGGCUGAAGAGCUGGUGGAUGGACACGUCCAGCCCAGCCUGCCCCCUGAAGCUGCCCAGGAGGGAGAUCUUCACCUCCUGUGGGAAGCCCUGGCCAAGAAACGCCGUAUGAGCCGGGAGCCCACCUUGGAUUCCAUCAGCGAGCUGCCUGAGGAGGAGGAGAAGCUUCAGAAGCUGAGGAAGGAGGAAGCAGAGAUGUCUCACUACUACUCAGAGGAGUACUCCACGUGUGACGAGCUGGCCAGGACGGGAGAGGCAGAUUUCUCUUUCACGAGCUCUGAUGAUGAGUCUAGAGCUGGGACUCCUUCCCUAGUAAACUACCUCAAGAAAGCUGGCAAGAAGACCAUCAGUGUCACCAGCAAGGUUCAGUCCAGCUCCACAGGAAAGUUAUGGAAACAGUGGGAAACAUCCACUGUGGAAACCACCGUGGCCACCACAGCUGCUCAGCCAGCCGAACCAGAGCUGCCAGAUUUAGACGACCCCUCCAUGAACAAGGCAGCUGUGAAGAUCCAAGCUGCUUUCAAAGGCUACAAAGUCAGAAAAGAGAUCAAGCAACAAGAGUGCCCGGUGUUUACUGAGACCUUCAAGGACUUCUCUGGCGAGCCUGGCAGCACCCUGCACCUGGAGUGUGUUGCCCACAGCAAAACCGACAUGAACGUGCGGUGGCUGAAGGACGGGAAGGAGCUCUCGGACGGUCGCUACUACCACAUCGACAGCUACAGCGACGGCACCUGCUCCCUGAUCAUCGCCGGCCUGGACAGGAAGGACGCAGGGAAAUACACCUGUGAGGCGUCCAAUAAGUUUGGAAAGGUCUCACACAGCGCCAAGGUGGUGGUUGGCGCUCAGGAGCCGCAAGUCCUUCCCAAGGAGAAGCGGAACAAGCAAAGCACUGACAGCGAGACAGAGAGCUCGUCCGGCAGCGAGCUGGAUGAUGCGUUCCGGAAAGCAGGGAGGAGACUGCACAGGCUCUUCAGGGCCAAGAUCUCCACAGAGAUCUCUGAUGUGGAGGAAGAGCUCUUUGUCAGCGCAGAUGAAGGGGAUAUAGAUGUGGUUGACCACCAGACGUACCGUGAGGAUGACCAGUUCAUCUACAUCAAGUUCGAAAUCAUUUCUGAGGCCAAAACGGCUGCCACACGGUUCAGAGAGAUGUUUGGUGCUAUGGGAAUUCCUGUGGAGAUUGAUAUCUUGGAGCAAGGCCCGAAAAAAAUCGAAUUGCGCAUUGGGAAGGCACAACCUCCCACCCUUGGGAAGUUUGCACCUGCAGUAGCGAGACCUCCACCACCUCUGCUGACUUCUGACACAGCCCCCAUGUUCAUGACCGAGCUCCAAAACCAAGAGGUCCAGGAUGGGUACCCAGUGAGCUUUGACUGCAUCGUCAUCGGCAAACCCCUGCCCACGGUGCGCUGGUUCAAGGACGGCAAGGCCAUUGAAGAAAACGACCACUACAUGAUCAACGAGGACCAGGAAGGGUGUCACCAGCUCAUCAUCACUGCCGUGGUGCCCACGGACAUGGGCGUGUACCGCUGCCUCGCCGAGAACAACAUGGGGGUGGCCUCAACCAAGGCUGAGCUCCGUGUGGACUUGACCAGCACAGAUUAUGAGACAGCAGCAGAUGCAACAGAGACAUCAUCUUACUACAGUGCCAAGGAAUAUAUUUCAAGCCGAGAGCAGGAGGAAUCCACCACUGAGGAGGAGCAGCUGCCCCAGAUCUUUGAUGAGCUCCAUGAUAUUCAUGUGGCACCUGGAGCAUCACUGGCUAAAUUUCACCUGAAGGUGAAAGGGUACCCUCAGCCUCGUCUCUACUGGUUCAAAAAUGGGCAGCCCCUAAAGGCCUCAGAUCGUAUCCUCAAGACUGACAGGCAGGAAUUCCACUCCCUGGAAAUCCGCGACGUCACCAAGGACGACGCCGGCCAGUAUUUGAUAUUUGUCAUCAACUCUGCUGGCUCUGCGUACUCCUCUGCCAGGCUGGUAGUCAAAGAUCCUUAUGAGAAAGAAGAGCCGUCCAAAACAGAUUCCCAAGAGCAGCUGAUACCACCAAGAUUCCUUGAAAGAUUUACAAAUAAGAAGGUGAAAAAGGGUGCAAGCAUCACAUUAUCUGUGAAAGUUGAAGGACAUCCACCACCAACAAUCACGUGGAUGAAAGAGGAGUCUCGGGAAGACAUCCUGUGGAUCAAACCAGACACUCCUGGGUACAAACUCGCCAGUUCCAACAUGCACCACAGCCUGAUCCUGCUGGAUGUCAAGAAGAAGUACAGUGGGGCUUACACCUGCAUCGCCACCAACAAGGCUGGCCAGUCCAUCUGCACUGCCAACCUGGAAGUUGCAGAUGUGAAAGAGUCUGAAACCUUGACCCAGGAGCGUGUGAUGGUGUCAGAAGCCAUCAUGACCACGCUGGGAACUAUUCAGUCCUCUGAAGGAGACCUUGAAGCUGGCAGAGAGGGUGUGCCCAAAACCCCUAUUUCAUUAGCUGAUGUUGGCUCAGAAGAGUUCUUCCAGAAACUCACCUCACGUAUCUCAGAAAUGGUAUCUGCAAAAAUAACUCAGGCCAAACUUCGAGUACCGGGUGCAGAAAGUGAUGAUGAGUCAAGAACUCCCUCUGCAUCUCCUCGCCAUGGACGAUCCAGACCUUCAUCCAUUGCUCAGGAAUCCUCCUCUGAGUCUGAAGAUGGGGAUUCCAGAGGGGAGAUCUUUGAUGUCUACAUGGUCACUGCUGACUACGUGCCCGCAGCGCCGGACAAGGAGACCAUCACCCUGAAGGAAGGACAGUAUGUGGAAGUCCUGGAUUCAGCUCAUCCUCUGAAAUGGCUGGUCAGGACUAAACCCACGAAAUCGAGUCCCUCUCGACAGGGUUGGGUGUCUCCAGCUUAUCUGGACAAGAAAUUAAAGUUGUCACCAGAGUGGGGAACAACAGAAAUUCCAGAGUUUCCUGGAGAGUUUGUUUCUGAAGAUGAAUACAAAAGGAAGCUAAGUGUUCUCAUUCAGGAGCUGUUGAUCUCAGAGGAAGAUUACAUUCAAGAUUUACAGUUCCUCCAGACUCAUCACCUUAGAUACACUGAGACCUGUCCCACUGUGCCAGGAGCUGUUGCCAGUCAGAAAUCCACCAUCUUCAGGAAUAUUGAUGACAUUGGUCGCUUCCAUUCCAGUGUGUUCCUGCGGAGCCUGCAGGGCUGUGACACCGACGAUGACGUGGCCAUGUGCUUCAUCAAGCACGAGGCAGAGUUUAACAAAUACAUCCAGUACCUCGUGGGAAGGGUCCAGGCUGAGUCCAUUGUGGUCAGCAAAGCUGUCCAGGAUUUCUACAAGAGAUACACAGAUGAAUUUCUUACUAAUGAGGAUCCCUCACAGCCACUUAUCCCUCCACUGCAGCACUACCUGGAAAAACCCAUAAACAGGAUCCAGCAGUACCAGACAAUAAUUAAGGAACUGAUCCGAAACAAGGCCAGAAACAGCCAGAACUGCACUCUGCUGGAGCAGGCCUAUGCCAUUGUGUCUGCCCUGACCCGAAGAGCAGAGAACAACCUGCACGUCUCACUCAUUGAGAAUUACCCAGGGACCCUGGAAAGCCUUGGGGAGCCCAUCCGGCAGGGCCACUUCAUUGUGUGGGAAGGAGCUCCAGGAGCUCGAAUGGCGUGGAAAGGACACAAAAGACAUGUUUUCCUCUUCAAAAAUUAUAUUGUGAUCUGCAAACCAAAGCGAGACACAAAGACAGACACCUACAGCUACAUCUUCAAGAACAUCAUGAAGCUGAACAACAUAGAUGUGAAUGACCUGGUGGAAGGGGAUGACCGAGCCUUUGAGAUCUGGCACGAGCGGGAGGACCUGGUGCGCAAAUACCUCCUGCAGGCGCGAACCGUCAACAUCAAGAACUCCUGGGUCAAGGAGAUCCUGGGCAUCCAGCAGCGCAUCAGCGAGCCCAUCUGGAUCCCUCCAGACUUUGAGGAAGAGCUGGCAGACUGCACAGCUGAGCUGGGAGAGACAGUCAAGCUGGCCUGCAAGGUGACAGGAGCUCCCAAGCCAUCCAUCAGCUGGUACAAAGAUGGAAAGCUGGUGGAGGUGGAUCCCCACCACAUUAUAAUAGAAGAUCCUGAUGGUUCCUGCACACUGAUCUUGGACAACCUGACAGGGGCUGACACAGGACAGUACAUGUGCUUUGCUUCCAGUCCUGCUGGCAACGCCAGCACCUUGGGAAAGAUCCUUGUUCAAGUGCCCCCACGGUUUGUGAACAAGGUCAGAAACGCUUAUCUUGUCGAGGGUGAAGAUGUCCAGUUCACCUGCACUGUGGAGGGAGCACCCAGGCCUCAGAUCAGAUGGUACAAAGAUGGCGUGCUGCUCAAGGACACCGGUAAAUACCAGACUUUCAGUGAACCACGGAGUGGCAUCGUAGUCCUGGUGGUCAAGAACCCUUCCAAUGAAGACAUGGGGCACUAUGAAUGUGAGCUGGUGAACAGAUUAGGGUCUGCCAAAAGUGGAGCAGAGCUUUACCACCACAGCGCUGCAGCCCUGACCCAGGAGAGGAGAGGAGACCAAGCCAUCACCAUUGAAGGAAUGACAUCCCCCCAGUCAGAGUCGGAGACUUCUGUGCAGGCUUCGCUGCAGCGCGCCGACCGGGAGAUCAAGACAGCCCUGAAAAAGCUGAUGGACUCGGCGUCCCUGCUGGUGACUCUGCCCCCAGGCAUGCGAGCAGAGGGUGGCCUUGGCCUUGGCCCUGCUGGGGCUGCUCCUUGCCAGCCCCCAGGGCCACCAGCCGGGCCCUCUGUGGCAGUCCAUGAAGCCAGCACCCAAACCCAGGCUGCCUCAGGCCAUGCCAAAGCACAGGUUCCAGCUGAAGAGCCAGGGGUGCCAAAGCCCAGCCCUGCUCCUUCCAGGGAAGAGGAGGCUGCUGGAGGUGACAGCACUCAGGAACACUCUGUUCCCAUCGACAGAACAUCACCAGAUGCUGGGGCAGGAGGAUGGUACAGGAGAGAAGGAGACGUGGUCUGGGAUGUGCACAGUGAAGUUUAUAUCGAGACCACAGAAAGAACUCGUGUGUACAAGACUGAGGAGAAGACUCCAACAAGUCCUCCCUACAUGCAAGUGACAAUAGAGGAUGUGCAGGUGAACUCUGGGGAACGUGCCAAAUUCCAGGCAGUCAUUGAAGGAACCCCUCAGCCCACAGUUCUGUGGUUUAAGGGCACUUCCCUGCUGACAGACAGCGACAGGGUCCAUCAGGGCAAGGAAGGAACAACGUAUUUCUUAGUUGUGGACAGUGCUGCCUUGGAAGAUGGGGGUGUUUAUACCUGUGUUGCCAAAAAUGCAGGAGGGGAAGUUUUGUGCAAAGCUGAGCUCGUCGUACGUGAAGCUAAGAAAGACCAGGAAGAAAAGAAAGUGCCCACCAGGAGGAAGCUCCACUCCCAUUAUGAGGUGAAGCAGGAGAUUGGAAGGGGCUGCUUCAGCUUUGUGAAAAGGGUGGUGCACAAAGGGAACAGGGUGUCCUGUGCUGCCAAAUUCAUCCCUCUGCGGAGCAAGACCAGGUCUCGAGCCCAUCAGGAGAGGGAUAUCCUCGCCUCUCUGUCCCACGACAGAAUUACCAGGCUCCUGGAUGAGUUUGAAACACGAAAAACGCUGAUUUUGAUUCUGGAGUUAUGCUCCAAUGAAGAACUCCUGGACCGGUUAUUCAAGAAGAGCGUGGUCACUGAAGCUGAGGUCAAAUUGUACAUCAAGCAAAUUUUGGAAGGAAUUAAAUACCUCCAUGACAACAACAUCCUUCAUUUGGACAUCAAGCCACUGAACAUCCUCAUGGUUUAUCCUGAGAGGGAAGACCUGAAGAUCUGUGACUUUGGGUUUGCCCAGAGGAUCACACCCGUGCAGCCUCAGUACAGCAAAUUUGGCUCUCCCGAGUUUGUUGCCCCAGAAAUUGUUUCCCUGUCACCAGUGUCCAAAGCAACUGAUAUCUGGGCUGUUGGAGUCAUCACAUAUUUAAGCCUCACGUGCAAGUCUCCAUUUGCUGGGGAGAACGACAGGAAAACUCUCCUAAAUAUCCAGAAUGGGGAGAUUUCAUGGACCAUUCCUGAUGUUGUUCACUUGAGUGAAGAUGCAAAGGACUUCAUGAAGGGGAUCCUGCAGCAGCACCCCAAAUCCAGGCCAAGUGCUUUGGACUGUCUUUCCCACAAAUGGUUCAUGCACAAUGUCCCUCUUGAAGCAGCUCAUUUCAUUAACACCAAACAGCUCAAAUUCAUUGUGGCUCGGAGCAAGUGGCAGCGCUCCCUGAUGUGCUACAAAUCCAUCCUGGUGAUGAGGUCCAUCCCAGAAAUCCUGGAAAGAACCCAUGACAACAGCUCCCUGGCCAUCUCCCGACACCUCAUUGAGGAGAGCACUUCAUCCAGCACCAGUGGCUCCUCCUCAGACAACGAGAACUCCAAUUUCCCUGAGAAGAGGCACUUUGGAUCCACCCCUGAACUGCACCUGCCCGUGUUUGACGCCCCGAGCCAUCCCCAGCCUCUGAAAAGGGAGCACCCCAAAAGCUCCAUCCCUCCAGUAAAACCCAUGAGGAGGAAAUAUGCCUCGAUGAAAUCACCCUCAGAAGGCACAGAGCUCAUGGCAGGUGUCUUACAGGAGAAAGAGGAGCCCAACCUUCGGGGAGAGCCAUCCCAAAAAACUGCUGAGCCUCCAUCCCUGAGGGCCUCCACGGAAAGCACACCUCUUCUGAGUCAGACAGAAAAACCAGACACACCUUUGCCUGAAAAGGCAGGGGAUGGCACAGAAAAGCCAUCUGCCUGUGUUCCCAGGCAGAGUGUCAUCAAAAGCACCUUCUACAGCCAAGCAACCGAGCUGCCUGCGAGGCCACCCCCGUCUCCAGGCAGGGAGCUCAGGAGGCAGCUGGACAGGGCCAGGAGGCUCCGCAGGGCUGGCUACUCCAAGGUGCCCAUCAGCGGCCUCCGGGAGCCCCUCCUGGAGCAGUUUGAGCUGGAGGAAGAGGAAGAAGGAGGGGAUGAUCGCAGGGAAGCUCUGCUGGGAUCCUUGACCAAGUCUGCGUCGUUUGACAGCGCCAGGAAGCCGCCGCACCCUGCCAUGGCUGGGAGCCGCAGCCGCUCCCUGGACGAGUACAGGCUGAGAGCCUCCAGGUCCUUGAGGGAGCAGGAGAUUCUGGAGGAGGACUGUGAUGUGUUGGCCCAGGAAAGCUGUCCUGAAGGCAGUGAUCACUGUGACACUUCUGUAGGGCCUGGCAAGGGGUGUUCUGCGGGUACAGCAGAGCAAGGGGACGUCAGGAGAGCCAGCAAGGAUUGCUUAGGAGGGGAGACCUCUCCCUCCACACACUGUGAGGGCAAGGGGUGCCCACCUGCUCUCAUACAGGUAGAGGGAUUUCCAGUGUCACCCCAGAGGAGUGAGAAUAGGAAACGUUUACUGAAGAAGUCCAAAGCCACUGAGAUUGAGGAGGAUGCUGAAUGUUUGGAAGGCAGAAGCCCCAUUCCCACUGCAGCACCAGCAGCUCCAAAACACCACAGCACCGAGGGUAAAGCUGCCUCUGACUCUGCUUUUCAGGAGGGCAAAGAGCCCGUUCCAACACUCACAGAGUCAGAGACCACCCCAAAGUCAUCUCCUGGGAGUGAGGGAGGAGUGUGCCUGCCCCAGGAGCCUGCCCCCUCCAACACCCACCCUGAGCUGACAGGGGGGAGCCUGCUGAUCAAAAGGACAGCCCCAGCCCCUCCUUGGAAAGACAAAAGGCACAAACAUUCAGAUGAAAAGGCUUCUGCUGAGUCUGAACUCAUGGAGCAUGAAGGCUCUGCUGUUCCAACAGAACAAACAGAAACUGGUUCACUUGCAGUACGUAAAGAAAGUGAGGAAAUUCCUGGGAAAAGUGUUCCAGCUACUGGCAUGCUGGGCAAACAGCCAGGGUCCCUCACAGCUGCUGAAGGUGUUCCUCAGAAGCUGAAGACCCACAGAGAUGUGAGAUCUGCUCUCCUGGAAGAUGCAGGAGCAGCAGCUACAGGAAUCACUCCACCAUCAGCACACAAGAAGGCUCCUGGUCACUCAGACACAGCACCAGCUGUCCUGAAGGGAGAGCAACUCGCUGUUCCCAAAAUCCCACCACCAGGAUCAGUGGUCUCUGAUGGAGCACAGCAGGCUCUCAGCAAGGAGAAACCUGCUGCUCUGAGGAGUAAAAGCUCAGCUGGCACAGAGGUGGUUUCCAGUUUGGCCCAUGGAGGAGCUGGAGCCCAGCAGGUUCCUGAAGGCCAUGGCUCAGAACCUGUUGCUCUGGAGAGCAGACACCCAGCCAGAGCUGUGUCCUCCCAAAGCACUGCCCUCCCUCAGGUCUGGGAGAGCAAAAACCAACAGCACCCAGAGGUGUCAGCUCACCCUGAGGUGAAAUCUGCUGUGACAGCCAGUGGAAGCCGAGCAGCUGGACAAGCUGUGGCUGCUCCUUUGGCCAAGGCUGGACAUGGGGUGUUAGAGCAGCACAGGGCUGGGAAUUGGGGUGGUCUGCAGAGUGGCAGCUCAGGUGCUUUAACUGCUUCACAACCAGGAGUUGCUCCAGCUUCAGCCUGUGAACUGGAAUAUGAGGAAUAUGCAGAGGAUGCUGGUGAGGGUGGAGGCACUGCCUUAGGAAGUGGAAGAUGUGAUGCUGGAACAGCUGCCCCACCACUGCUCCGCAGGGAUCACGGUCAGGAGCUGUCACACCACAGAGCCUCUUUCUACAGUGACGAGGAGUCUGCUGUGCUGGAGGGCUUGGUGGAUGAGAUGGUUUCCCUCUCUGAAGAGAUGAAUGUCUGGGCAGAGGCAGUUUCUGGAGAGAAGGGAAGCAGGAAGCACGUUUCUCCUCAGAGAGAGAUGUUCUACAAAGGCAGCCAGGCACAGAUGGACACCUCCUUCCCUUCUGUCCAGCAGGGUGGAAGAGGAGAAGUGGCUGAGCAGGACCUUGCAGAACCCUACCUAGCUGUGAGUGAGGAGCCAGGAGCCCUGGAAGAGCAGGGAGAACAGACAGUUCCUCACGAAUGUGAGCACCUGGAGGAUCUGGCAUUUGAGACCUGCCCUUCCAGCCGAGAGAGCGUUUCCUCCACGGAGAGCUUGGACACUGCCCACAGACCCGUCCACGUGCCAGCGCUCAAGGACACUGCCAAACACCCAGAAGUUUCUCUGGUGAAAAUCAAAGACCUGUCAGAUGAAACACCCAGCCUGGGCAGCAGCCCCCAAAAAUUUGACAUCUCGGAAGUGGAGCCUGCCUAUCUGAAUUUCUCAGAUUUGUACGACAUUGUGUAUUUUCCAUUCGAGUUUCUGAGCUAUAAGAAACCUUCACCCAAACCAGUUCCUAGGCGGUUUAUGUUUCUUGAAAGGGCAAGGUCCCCUCCUGCAGGACAUCUCCAUAAGGAUAAAAGGCUGUGCAUCAGGGAACAGGAAGACAAAAACAGGAAGAACCGUUUGGAAAUAUCUGAGGAUUCAAAGGCAGCUAACUUACUAGCCAUGGGGAAAGGGGCAGAGAGCCAUAAGGAAAUGUACAGCUCCCAAAAGGACUCCAGUGGGAAACAGAGAAGCUCCUUCCACACCAAGCCUGGACUCUUUAAGCCGUAUGCAAGGUCUCAUUCUGUGGAGCAGUCGGUGGAGCAGAGUCUCAAGAAGAAAGUAAAAGCUUCUGUUGCCCAUAUUUCAAGAAUCCUAAAAGGAAAGACAUCUCCUGAGCCAGAGGAAGAGUUUGGUGAGCUGGGAAGUGAGGCAGCAGAAAAGGAGCUGUUAAUAGGGGCUGAAGGGUCUCUGAAGAGGAAAUCAGCGCUCCCUUCAUUCAAGCUACCAAGCCUCACCCCAAAGGAGAAAGCCCCACAGUUCGUGGAGGAGCUCAUGGACCAGGCUGCGGCCGCCGGGCAGUGCGUGACGCUCUCGUGCCGGACAGCAGCUCUGUCCUCCCUGCACAUCGCCUGGUUCAGAGAUGGGAUCCCCGUGCAGAGCAGCAGCAGGAUCCUCAUCUCGUCCACGCUCAAACACUUCCAGCUGUUAACGAUCCUCUCUGUUCAUGCUGAGGAUUUUGGGAUUUACACCUGUGUGGCCACAAACUCUCUGGGCUCAGCAUCCACCUCUUGUGUCAUAAGAAAAGCAGAGGUUCCCCCCAGCCCUCCACCCCCUGACAUCGUGGAGGUCUACAAGGAUGGAGUGCAGCUGGUUUGGAAACCUGUGGAAACCAACACCCCUGUCCACUACACUGUGCAGUGCAAGACUGAAGAUGGAGAGUGGACAACUCUUGCUUCUGACAUCACUGACUGCUGCUACUAUGCCAAAAAUCUGCCCCAGGGGUUCAUCUACCACUUCAGGACAGCCUGCACCAGCAAGGCAGGGACAGGACCCUACAGCCACCCCUCUGCCAAAGUGGAAGUCACUGGGAAGGAUCACAUGGAGCCUCGUGCUGCCACCCAGGAGCUCCCAUCAGGUGCCCCUGAAGAAGAGAGUGAAAUGAUCACACCUCCUGAGCCCUUCCCCACCUACCAGACCUAUGCCUUCCAAACCGAGAUCAAAAGGGGCCGGUUCAGCAUCGUGCGCCAGUGCCGCGAGAAGGUGAGCGGCAAGACCCUGGCUGCCAAAAUCAUCCCUUACUGGCAAGAGGACAAGCAGGCUGUGCUGCUGGAGUACCAGGUGCUCAGGAAGCUGCACCACACGAACAUAGCCCAGCUGAAGGGUGCCUACGUCAGCCCCAGGCACCUGGUGCUGAUCCAGGAGAUGUGCGUGGGGCCAGAGCUGCUGCACUCCUUGGCACUGCGGACAUCGUACUCAGAGGUGGAGGUCCGAGAUUACCUGUGGCAAAUCCUCAGUGCCACCGAGUACCUCCAUGCACACAACAUCCUGCACCUGGACCUCAGGUCUGAGAACAUGAUCAUCACUGAGCCCAACCUGCUGAAACUCCUGGAUUUUGGGAAUGCACAGUUCUACGCACCAGACAAAUUUAUUUCCAUGGACAAGUGCUCGGACUAUGUGGAAACCAUGGCUCCAGAACUGCUGACAGAGCAAGGAGCUCUUCCCCAGACUGAUAUCUGGUCCAUUGGAAUCACAGCCUUCAUCAUGUUGAGUGCCAACUACCCCGUGAGCUCGGAUGCCCCCUGUGAGUUCCUGAGGACGGCCAGGAAGGGGAGGCUGAAGCUCACCCGGUGCUAUGCAGGUCUCUCCGGGGGAGCCGUGUCCUUCCUCCAGAGCACCCUGUGUGCCAACCCUUGGGGAAGGCCGUCAGCCUCCGAGUGCCUUCAGAGCCCCUGGCUGCAGGAGACAGGUCUGGACAACAGGCAGCAGGCACUGGUCACCUUCCCCACCACCAAACUGAGGAAUUUCCUCAUGGAUCGGGAGAAGAAGAGGGGCCUGCUGUGCUCCAAGUACGGCCUUAUGGUUGCACAGUGACGUGGAUGUGCUGACGGAUGGGAAUCGCCUCCCUGUGCCCUCCUGCACUGAGGGUUUGGUACCAAACCCUCCUGCCGAGCUGUGGUGCAGCAGCUGAGCUGGGGGAGCUGCUCUCUGCCUGGCCCCACUGUGUUUUACCCGUGUGUCCUGCCUGCCACACGCUGUUUCUGUGGAUGUGUGACUCGUGGGGGGAGCAGGGACACUGGGCAGUGCAGGCAGCAAACCCAGCAGUGACCUUGCAGCGUGCAGGUUUUGUACCACUAAGAGACUUUGGCACUUUGAGGCUGAGCUGCUCUUCCCUGGGGAGCAGGGACACAUCUACCUGGAGCUCCUGGCAAAGGCUGAGUGUGUUAAUUCUUCUUAAAAAUCCUGAAGUGUCACGUUCCUCUUUGACCUUCAAACCCUGCUUUCCUCUGCAAAGGAUGGUGUUGGCUGUGUCAUUGCUUUGUACUUCAGUGUUCCUUUGAGUUUCUCUGCAGUGAUUGAUGUAUGCCUCAAUUUUCCAUGUGAGCAGCAGUAAGAGGAGGCUUUCUCAGAGCUGUGUCUGGCUGUGUUUAGAGGAAGGAGAACUGGAAAACAGUCCCUAAUGUGUUACAGGUCAAUAGAAAAGUGAGGCUGUUUAUCCAGGGAUGCUCUUUUCCAACAAGUUUAACCCAUAUUGUUCCAAAAUUAAAGAUGGAGCAUUGUGACUCCUUCCCUUGCUGAGCAUGCAGAGCAGGAAUUGAGACAGAGAGCAGAACAGCUUUCCCUGUGCUGUGGAGAGCAGGCACCAACUCAGUGGAUUGCAAAAUUUGGAAUGUUGAAGUGAUCUUGUCUUCACUGCGUGCUACAGGAGGGCUUAGGGCCAGAUCUGUGCUCAGUUCUCUGUGUGGGGAGCAGAGUUACACAAGACAGACACUGCACUGAGGGCUGCCCCCAGGAAACCUUUCAAAACUCUGGAUCCUCUUCUUUCACAAAUCCAGUCAGGUUUUUGUUGGCACAGGCUGGUUCUUUGCUCUUGCUGGUGCACUUCGGGAUGGAAAGCUCAGUGCCAGGGAAAAACCUAUCUAAACAUAAAACUUAAUUGUAGAUUAACUAUUUGGAGCUUUCAUGCUCUUCCAUAUAUGACUCCUUUUAUGCUUCUCACAAUUGCAUGCAUUUGAGCAUGUCUGAGCUCUUUUAUAGACUCAACACUGGUUAAAUCAACCAUUCUGAAGAGCAAAUAAAGCCAGAUUUUUCUGC